AUGGUUUCUUCCGAACGACGGUCGUUUUCGAGCUCGACUGGCUCCACGGCGGCGGCUUCGUCAUCGUCGUCUUCGUCUGGCUCUGCGACGGGCGUUUCGGUGGAUAGGUUUGGCGGCGCGGCGGAUCGGAUGGUGAAGGAGGAGCUCGAGGCGGCGGAGGCGCUCGCGGAUUUGGCGCAUUUGGCGAUGCGGGAGAGUAGCGGCGCUGAAUCCGCGGGGAAUUGGGGGCUGAAAGGGAAGCGGGCCAAGAAGCGAGUCAAGAGCGAGUCUCCUCCGGGUCAUUUGGGUUUGAACCCGGUUGACCCUGUUCCCACCUGUCCGGAUCUUCCUCAGGACCAAGCAGUAACAGGUCUGCGGCAAUGUGAAACGGUUUGCACAAAUGUUGUAACAGGACCGCUGAAGACCGAGCAGGUUCUGAGCAAUGAGAUUGUGAAGGCUGAGCAUGAUGCUGAAGUAACAAAGUUAAGUCCAAUUUGCACUACAAGUUACCCAUCAUUCAGUUGCAGCAAGUCAAGGCGGAAUUUAACUGAGGAGGAGAAGGAAGAGCGGAGAAUACGCAGAAUAUUGGCCAACAGAGAGUCAGCCAGGCAGACAAUUCGUCGGAGGCAGGCUCUGUGUGAGGAGUUAACCAGAAAAGCUGCUGAUCUGGCAUUGGAGAAUGAAAAUUUAAAAAAGAAAAAGGAGUUGGCCUUAAAGGAGUAUCAGUCUUUGGAGAAAACAAAUAAGCACUUGAAAGUUCAGAUGGCUAAGGUGAUAAAGGCAGAGGUGGAGGAAAAGCCAGGUGAAAAUAUGUCAGCCUGUGUGCAGAUGCAGAUACCUCCUUCUUCACCUAGUAAUUCCCCAUUAUUCUUGUUUAACCGUCCACCAUUUACACCAGUUUUUUGGCCUUCUAUCAUUCAGUCUUCAAAUUCCAUUCAGUUGCAACAUGUAUCACAAAAUCCGAUGGCCAUUCCAUCAAACAUCCCUUUGCCAGCUAAUGGUACAGCUGAUUCUUCUCAUGAACAAGAAAACCCCUUGACCAAUAAUGGAACAAGAACUCCUUUAUAUGUAUUUCCGUGCCCUUGGUUCAUCCCUCAUUUUGAUAAUGGGAAUGGACUCCAAUCCCAGUCCUCCUUGUGCCUGAACAAUAAACAAGAAGAAACUUCUUUUAAUAACCAGUACAGUGCUAGUUCAUCUUCAAGAACUGUUGCACAGUUAGACAACCACCAUUGCUCUUUCCCUAUUAGAUUAAAAGCAGAAGCUUCUGGCUCGAUGGAAGCCAGACUUUCAAAUGAUCUUAAUGAAACGCCAGCUCAGUUUCCUCUGGAUGGAGCCGAUCAGCAUACAGGACCUUAUCCUAAGGAAAAUGGUCCUAAGGAGAUAUUCCUUACUCCUGCAUCAGUAAACCAUGAAAGAGUUGCAUCUAGUAUCAAGCAUGAGAAUGCGUUUGAGUCAGAUUACACCGCAACAACUGAAAAAUCUAUUCAUAUGUUCUCUGCCUUGCCAGAGAAGAAUAAUGAACCAAUCAUCUACCCUAACAGGAAACUGGCGGAUGCAAUUGCUGCAGCUGAGGCGAGAAAGAGGAGGAAGAAACUCACAAAGCUAAAGAAUCUUCAAGGCCGGCAGUGUCGGGCGCACUGUUGA